AUGAUUAUCCAAGCAGGAAAUGCUGUGGCAGCAUGGAUUUACCUCUGGAUGACCUUCCAGCUUGGCUUCUACGAGUCGACGGACCUCCUUCCACGAGGACCCCGGUUACCGCCCAAGCACGAGGCUAGGUACCUCACGGCGUUUGAGGAGCUCAUGCUGAGGUGGAAGGACAGCGAUGUGGAGUUUUUUGUGCCGCAACUUGCGGCGGUGUUGAUGUCCAAGGGGGUUCCUUCUAGGAACGUGCAUAUUACACAAUUAGUAGUGGGGAGACUGUCGGCGAACUUGCAGCAGCGGUGCUUCGGCAACAUAGGCCUCGCUGUCCAGAUGAUGUGGCAGUUCGAGGCGGUGGGGCGACGGCCCCAGGAGGAUGGCCCAUCUUGGAACGCCUUCAAAAAUAGUUACGUUCUAGCUGCCUUGAAUGGAGACAACCUACCGGAGCAGCUGAGGAUGCAGCGGCGGGCAUAUUGCGCCGAUUCGAUGGCCUUUGUGGACACGCUUAUGGACAUCGGCGAUUCGCUGAAGAAGCUACCCAUCAAGCGUCGAUUAAGCGCUUUGGACAACGAGCUCGGGAGGGUAAAUCGUAUGCUCCUGCGGAGAAUGCAGACCAGGGGGGCGAGCUUCGAGAUCCCGGGGGACACCGUGGCAGGAGGAGGGGGGGGCGGCGGCGGCGGCGGCGGCGGUCGGGAGUGGCUUAACGAGCACGAUGUGGCGGCGGUGUGUCCGGAGGUGUCCCACCACGCGAUACACCUGCCGAUAAAGGUGUUGAAGCCCGGACAGCCGGCGGCGACGCGUGCGGUGAGGGUGCUGCGGCUCUGUCGGGAGCUGUGCCGAGUGCUCCCCAGCAAGGAGAAGGCGCCGUACCUGGUGGUUGCCGAGGUCUUGCAGACGUCCUUCAGCUACGCGUCGGACCGCCUGUAUCUGGAGGGGGGAAGCGCGGGGGUGACCUGCGAGGACGUGGUCAAUAAGAAGACCUUGCCCCAGGCCCUGCAGGAGGAGCUGUUGAGGUCGAGGGGGCAGGACGUGUGGGAAGAUCAGAACCAAGACGAGGCAUCAUCGCAGUCGUACCAGCUGGAGCUCGAGGAAGCGGACUGUUUGUUCUUCGACAGGGCGACGAACCAAUACCUCACUUCCGGGGACCCCAGCAGCCCACAUAUCAAGAACAUGCGGGAAGCUCUGCAGGUGUUCGGCACCACGAGCGCUGCCCUGGAGCGCAUGGUGCGACAUCAGAGUCCGUUUGGGCAUCUCAAGGGCUGGAAGCUGGCGCACUUUAUCGUCAAGUCCGGGGACGACUUCAGGAUGGAGGCCCUGGCCAUGCAGGUGAUCAGACUAGUCGACAGCAUCUUCAAGCGGGAAGGGCUCAGCUUGAGGUUGAGACCGUACUCCAUCUUGUGCUGCGGGGAAAUGAAGGGGCUGGUGGAGUGCGUUACGGACGCCAAGAGCAUCGACCACAUCAAGAAGUUCACAGCGAAGAGCGGGGGGAUACGGACAUUCUUCGAGCGCAUGUACAUGGGAAAGACGUCGGGGCUCUACGGGAGAGCUGUGGACAACUUCGUCAGAAGUCUAGCCGGUUACGCGAUCGUAACCUACAUGCUGCAGGUGAAGGAUAGACACAACGCCAACAUCAUGCUGGACACCAGGGGGCACAUUAUCCACAUCGAUUUCGGCUACAUCCUUGGUUCUUCUCCAGGGUGGUGGAACCACGAGUCGGCUCCGUUCAAGUUCACGCAAGACUACAUGGAGAUCAUGGGAGGGCCUGGAAGCGACAAGUAUGAGAGGUUCCGCGAGUUGUUCCUCACGGGGUUCAAGGCGGUGCAGCGGCAUAUGCGGGAAAUCGAGACCUUGAUUUGGCCGAUGUUCCCCUCCUCCGAUCACAGAAUGACCACUCAGCAAAUACUGUUCCGAAAACGGUUCAUGGACUUCCAGACGGACGACGAGAUCAUGCGCCUGGUGGAUGAUUCCGUCAGGUCGUGGACCACCGGGCAGUACGACGACUUCCAGCAGAAAACCAACGGAUACCUCAAGUAGAUCGGCUGGCCAAUCUGCUGGGGGAAGCCAUCGGCUCUCUUGACCAUCGGCUCUCUUGACCAUCGGCUCUCUUGUUCAAGUAUCAAAGGAUCAAGGAACAGUACUCGUAGCUGCAGGUCUGGGGGAAGUCAGCGGUUACGUUUUUGGUGGGUUCCCACAUGGGGUGCACGCGAACCAUGCUGAAUUUUCAACCAGCAUGCGAGGAAUUCAUUCUUGCGGCAUUAGAGCCGCACCUCUAUAGUUCUGUAAACCUUAGUCUUUGUUCGCUGGGAAUAGGCCCAUUGGUUCGCCUAACUGUCGUGGUCGUUCGCCAAGGAUGGUUCGGAGUCCGGUACUACAGGUUAUUCGGAGUUUACAGGUACCAUGGUAUGUGGGCUGGGUUGUCAAGGGUGGGCUACGAAGAACCCUCGAUUGCGAAGCCCGAAGCCUCGUUCACUGCGUUGCAGGUAUGUACUGUAGAGAAACGUAGAUGAUCGACGAUCUCCCUCCCGACAGGUCUCUAUCAAUUUGCUAGGCAGAAGACAUUGUGACUCGCUGAGUGCGUGAGGGCGAGCCGCCUCUGCAGAAUGUAAAUUUCCUAGGGCACUAUAGGUAACAAUGUAACAAUCGUCGGGAGAUUGUCGAGAGCUUCGGAGAUAGAUAAGGCAGAUCUGAACGGGAUCCUGUAGCGAGGUGGAUCAGAUACACUACCAGUGGCCUUGGUCAGUGUUUCGACCCAUGCGGUAGCCGCCGAUUGUAGACUCGAGGCUCGGCAGCAGACUCCCUUUCUUUACCAUCGAGUCCUCC